AUGUCUAUCACUUUGUUCUGUCUUGUUAAGGGUCAGUUUGUUGGGGACCUCAAGAAGGUUAUUAAGGCGGAAAUAACACCCGAGUUCGACAAUUUCCCUGCGGACAAGCUCAAGCUAUGGAAGGUGUCGAUCCCUACCAAACAAGAGAGUGCACAAUUAACCGCUGUCAGUAAAAUUAGUGUCAACAUCAAGGAUGAGCUUGGUGGUGUAGAGUUAUCACCAGUUGAUAAAUUAUCAAAAUACUUUGAUGAUGAACCCAUUCAAAAAAACCUGCACAUUAUUGUUGAUCCACCAACAGAUCCGCAAAGAGUUCACCUACGAGUUCCACCUUUCCAGGAAAAAUCAGACGAGGCGGAAAUUGAGAGUCAAACAAUUCAUAUAUCCACCGAUGUUGAUUUAGCUAGUAUCAUUUGUACUUCUGCACCUAAAGUAAAAUUGGAUAUAGUCGUGGAUACAUCACAACAAUUUAGUUGGUAUACCUAUUCAAGAAUGAAAACGUUCUUCGGUCUGCGAGUUGAUGAUUACUAUAAUCUACCGACAGAACAUUUAGUUCGCAAUGGUGAUAUAUCAGAUGAACUUUUAGAAAGUGUGAUUUCCGAGAUUUUGAGAAAACAUAUGGCAUCCCCAGAGAUCUCCGGAUAUGUAAACGAGGCCACAUGUCGUGUAUUUAUUUCAUCAAUUAUCUAUGCUGUAGUAUCAACGUUCGGUGGUGAUAUUGAUAUUAUUAUCUGCGUGACUGAAGCGAAAAAAAUGGAUCUUAGCCAUGGGAUUGGCCAGAGUUCCGUCCAAGCGCAUGCAUCUAUGCAAUGCAAUAGGAAAAAACGUACUUACGCUGAUGCUGAUUUGUACGACGAAGAAAUGUUUUGUAUUAUUUCAACCGGAGUCGAAUGGAUAAUUACAAAAGUCAUUCUAAAAGGUAAUGAUUAUGAUGAGAAUAAUAGUGGGAUCGUUGAGGUUCGUGUAUGUUUACCGAGGCUUGAUCCAAUACCACUUAUGAAAUUAUCAUUAACUCGUGAUGAUAUUCGCGAGCCUGUUGCCUGUUAGAAAGUUGUUAGUGCAAAUCAAGGGGGCUUCUUGAAGAGCAGAGAGAUUCAGUGCUCAAUGAGAAGCGUCAUAAGACUUGGAAAUCUAACCCGUGAAGUAUAGCUUUACUGUUAAACUAUUAAUAUAAUAAACAACUACCCUAUAAAAAAUUUUUAUCCGAAUAUUUCCAUUAUUUCUCCGUGUCUUCCGUAAAAAUUCCGUGAAAAUGAUACAUUCACGGAUAUCCGUGUUAGCGAGAUGA